AUGGCCUCCUCCCCUAACCACCACCAUAACCACACUCCCAACGGGGACAGCAAAACCCACGUACCCAAAAAGCCCAAACUCUCCCCUGCUUUCAUCACAGCCUCUGAAAUCGCCUCCGAAUUUUCUCACCACGACCCCAAUAUCGCCCGAAUCAACAACGGAAGCUUCGGCAGCUGCCCGGCCUUCAUUAUCGAAGCUCAGAGACAAUGGCAGCUCAAGUACCUGGCCCAGCCUGACCAUUUCUACUUCAACGAGCUCAAGAAGGGAAUUCACCAAUCCAGAACCAUCAUCAAGGAUCUCAUCAAUGCCGACCAUGUCGAAGAGGUCUCAAUCGUCGACAACGCCACCACUGCAGCCGCCAUAGUGCUUCAACAGGCCGCUUGGGGAUUUUCAGAGAGCAAAUUCGACAAAGGGGAUGCUGUGGUUAUGCUUCAUUAUGCUUAUGGUGCUGUGAAGAAGUCGAUUGAGGCCUACAUAAGUCGUGCUGGUGGGUAUGUGAUUGAAGUCCCUUUGCCUUUUCCUUUGACCUCUAACGAUGAGAUUAUCACUGAAUUUAAGAAAGCUUUGGAGAAAGGGAAGGCCAAUGGUAGGAGGGUUAGGCUAGCUGUGAUUGAUCAUAUUACUUCAAUGCCUUGUGUGGUUAUACCUGUUCGAGAAUUGGUUAAGAUUUGUAGGGAAGAGGGAGUUGACCAGGUUUUUGUAGAUGCUGCUCAUAGUAUUGGGUGUACUGAUGUUGAUAUGAAGCUAAUUGGGGCUGAUUAUUACACGAGUAAUUUGCAUAAGUGGUUUUUUUGCCCGCCGGCUAUUGCGUUUUUGUAUUGUAGGAAGUCCCCCAAGUGUCCAGAGCUGCACCAUCCUGUGGUUUCUCAUGAGUAUGGUAAUGGGUUGGCCAUAGAAAGUGCUUGGAUUGGGACUAGGGAUUACAGUCCUCAAUUGGUUGUUCCUUCGGUUUUGGAUUUUGUCAAUAGGUUUGAAGGUGGUAUUGAGGGCAUCAAAAAGAGGAACCAUGAGACUGUUGUUGAGAUGGGGAACAUGUUGGCCAAGGCAUGGGGAACACAUCUAGGGUGCCCCCCGGAGAUGUGCGCCAGCAUGAUCAUGAUUGGAUUACCGGCUUGUUUGGGGAUUUCAAGUGAGAAGGAUACUCAAAAGUUAAGGACGCAUUUGAGGGAGAAGUUUGGUGUUGAAGUCCCAAUAUAUUUCCGAGCACCCAAGAAUGGGGAGGUUGAGUCAAUAACUGGGUAUUGUCGAAUUUCUCAUCAAGUCUACAAUAAAGUUGAUGACUAUUACAAGUUCAGAGACGCAAUUAAUCAACUUGUUUCCGAAGGAGUCACUUGUGCUUUACUUUCUAACUGA